CAAAUGCCGAGAGGUAGGUACUAUCUGCAGAACAAACCUCGGAAAGCAGCGGUCAUUUGCGUCGCAGUAAACAAACAUUCGAAUUAAACGAAAUUAAGAAGUCAAACCGAAUCGAUCUCGUCAGAAUCUGCUUCGCAUUUUCUCGUACAUAAUGGGUAAAAGGAAGGCCACGAGCAACGCGAACAAUCCAAAUCAAGACUUGUGCGACUUUUUGAUGGAACUGGCGGAUUACGAGCGUAAUGUCAGUAAAAACGUUUAUAAGUACAACGCCUAUCGCAAAGCAGCUGGAACGUUGAGCACUCUGACGGAGAGAGUCAAGAGCGGCGAGGAGGCGAAGAAGCUACCUGGGAUAGGAGUAAAAAUUGCAAAGAAGAUAGACGAAUUUCUACAGACCGGGAAACUGCAGAAGCUAGAAGAUAUUAAAAAGGAUGAGAAUAAUGUUGCCAUUACUCUGUUGGCCCGAGUAUCCGGCAUAGGUCCUGCCAAAGCAAAGGACUUAGUGGAAGCUGGUAUCAAGACCUUGGAGGAUCUCAAGAAGCAUCAGGACAAACUCACACAUCAUCAGAAGCUGGGGUUGAAGUACUUUGAUGAUUUUGAAAAGAAAAUACCUAGGGCAGAAAUUACAGAGAUAGAAAAGAUAAUGAAGAAAGCCAUCAAAAAGUUAGACAGUGCUUAUCUCCUAACCAUCUGUGGAAGUUACAGACGUGGCAAAGAGGAGAGUGGAGAUAUCGAUGCUCUUGUGACACAUCCUGAUUAUACAUCAGAAGCAAAAGAUGAGCAAAAGAAGGCCGUGUCAUUAAAAGCAAUUGUCGAAUGUCUUGAAAAGAAGGAACUAAUUACAGACAGGAUGUCUCUCGGGUCCAGUAAAUUUAUGGGAGUGUGUAAGUUACCAGAGGCUAAAGGCAAGCCCUUCAGACGAUUGGACAUACGUCUUACGUUUCACGAUCAAUAUUACUGCGCUGUACUUUACUUCACAGGAAGUGAUCUGUUUAAUAAGAAUAUGAGGGCGCAUGCAUUGGAAAAGAAAUAUACGUUAAACGAAUACGCGCUGAAGCGCCUCACGAUUGAAGGUCUUCCGGGAGAAGCUGAAAAAAUUACGUCUGAAGAAGACGUCUUCAAAUUAUUGGAUUUACCCUAUAAAGAUCCAAGAGACAGAGAUGUAUAAAUAAUGAUAAGAUAUUCCUUUUUAUAUCAAUAGUUUAUUGCCACACGUUUUAUAUUUAUUAUCUAUAUCGUAUAUAUUUAUUAUCGAAAAACAAAUUAAUUUGUAUCAAAAUUGAUGUUAAAAAUAAAAGUCGAUUAAGUCGAUAAAUCUUAUAAACAUUUUAUUCAAAAAAUUAAUAUAUAAUAAUGAUUAAGAUGAAAAUUACGUUGCAUAAUUUUACAAUAUUUAUCAAUAAACGAUGAUUGCUUGUAUAAGCAACCUAACUA